AUGGAUCCUUCACCACUAGCUUCAUCACCACCAUUGGGUUUGUUAUUAUCUCUCUCUUCAACCAUAUCUAAAGAGAUUAGAGACUGUGAUGUUAAUAAGUCUCUGGGGCUUAUAUUAUAUUGCAGCAUUGAUUUUAAGAUAAGAACUAUUGAGCUUGAUGGCAAACGCAUUAAACUCCAGAUUUGGGAUACUGCUGGUCAAGAACGCUUUCGAACCAUCACCACUGCUUAUUACCGAGGGGCAAUGGGUAUUUUGCUGGUGUAUGAUGUCACUGACGAGUCAUCCUUCAACAACAUUAGGAACUGGAUUCGUAAUAUCGAACAGCACGCUUCGGAUAAUGUCAACAAGAUCUUGGUUGGGAACAAAGCUGAUAUGGACGAGAGCAAGAGGGCUGUUCCAACAUCAAAGGGUCAAGCACUUGCCGAUGAAUAUGGAAUCAAGUUCUUUGAGACAAGUGCCAAAACAAAUCUAAAUGUGGAAGAAGUUUUCUUCUCGAUAGCAAAGGACAUUAAGCAGAGACUCACAGAUACUGAUUCGAGGGCAGAGCCUGCGACGAUUAGGAUCAGCCAAACAGACCAGGCGGCUGGAACCGGACAAGCCACACAGAAGUCUGCAUGCUGUGGAACCUAAAAGUUCCCAAAGUUGGAAAUGUAAACAAAAACCAGAUUUGUCUUCAGUGCUUUUGUAAUUUCCCUUUUUCGAUUAUUGGUCUGAAUUGGCAUUUUUUAGUUUGUUCAUGACGGCAAUAGAAUCUUGAAGAAAUCGUUUGUUAUCAGAUAGAUUCAAUGUUCUUAUAGCUUGAUUAUGUUGCUAAAUUGGUAAGGCUUCUUCU